CACCUUUCCAACAUUUUUCGCCAACCAAACCAAUAACUAACCAAAAAAAAAAAAAAAAAAUUCUCUCCGCAAAAAUAAAAAAAAAAUUAAAGCAAAAUUUGUGAAUAUUUUCAAUUUUGGAAUUGGAAUUGCUACACUUGACUGAGGGUGUUCGGAAAUUUUCUCCUACCUCGCUCGAGGUAUUUGUAAGCUCUGCAUGUGUGAAAAUGGAGAAGGAAAAAGUGGUGUAUAUGUGGGGGUAUUUACCAGGAGCAAUGCCACAGAGGUCACCAUUAUUGGCUCCAAUUGUUGUGAGGGUUCCACAAGAGGAAUCUAACAUUGGUGCAGGGAAUUAUUCGUGGAAGGAUGUUUGUGGUGGCGGCUGUGGCUUUGCUAUGGCUAUUUCAGAUUCCGGGAAGCUCAUUACAUGGGGUUCAACGGACGAUUUAGGACAAUGCUAUCUGACAUCAGGGAAACAUGGGGAAAUCCCGGCGCCUUUUCCCCUUCCUGAAGAAAUUUCAAUAGUAAAAGCUGCAGCGGGUUGGGCACAUUGUGUUGCUAUUACAGAAACUGGAGAAGUUUAUACAUGGGGUUGGAAGGAAUGCAUUCCUUCUGGAAAGUUUCUUGGGGAGCCAGCAGAAGACAAGGAAAUAAGCGAUGGGCAGAGUUCAUUCCCGGCACAGCAAGUAAGCCCUCACCCCCAGGGAUUGAGAUCCACGGUUGCAGCAGCAUCUGGUAUAGAGACUAGAGGGGGAGAAGAUGGUGCAAAACGUAGACGGGUAUCAUCAGCUAAGAAACCAGCUGAGAGCUCAUCCUCGUGUGAAGAAGGUCUCUCGGCAUUGCCAUGUUUAGUCUCACUGAAUCCAGGGGUGCGGAUUGUCAGUGUAGCAGCUGGUGGGCGGCAUACUUUGGCAUUAUCAGAUAUAGGACAAGUGUGGGGUUGGGGCUAUGGAGGGGAAGGACAGCUUGGCCUAGGCUCCAGGAUUCGAAUGGUGUCCUCCCCACAUCCUGUGCCAUGCAUUGAUUCUUCUUCUUUGCGGAACGACAGAGCUAUGGGCCUUUCUCAUGGAUGCCUGGGGUCAGAGGGACAAGGCCUCAGAGUUCCUGGGAAUUAUGUCAAGAGAAUUGCCUGUGGGGGCCGACACAGUGCAGUAAUUACAGAUGCUGGAGCACUGUUGACUUUCGGUUGGGGAUUGUAUGGACAGUGUGGUCAAGGGAGUACGGAUGAUGAGCUAAGUCCCACGUGUGUGUCUUCAUUACUUGGCAUCAGGAUAGAAAGUGUAGCAGCAGGGCUCUGGCACACUGUAUGUACUUCUGCUGAUGGUGAUGUAUAUGCAUUUGGAGGGAAUCAAUUUGGGCAGUUAGGCACUGGUGCUGAGCAGGCUGAGACGCUACCUCGACUCCUGGAUGCUCCAAGUUUGGAAAAUAUGCAUGUGAAAGUUGUAUCUUGUGGAGCACGCCAUACUGCCGUAGUCACAGGUGAUAGCAAAGUAUUCUGCUGGGGUUGGAACAAAUAUGGUCAGCUUGGACUGGGUGAUGUGAUCGAUCGAAAUAUUCCAUCCCAAGUCUCAAUGGAUGGUCAUGUACCGAUAAAUGUUGCUUGUGGAUGGUGGCACACACUUCUACUAGCUGAACCGCCUACUUGAACUACUCGAUCUUAUUGAUGCGAAAUUACCAGUUUUGUUAGGUUAGGUGCCUUUGGUUCUCUAGUCAUCUUAUUGAUGCCAAUUCACCAGUUUGGUUAGGUUACGAUAUAUGCAUAUGGUAUAUAGAGUAGUUUGCUUGCAUAUAUACAAUACUAGGCAUGGAGUCAAUUCUUUAAGUGCAAGAAUAAAGUGGUCAUCAUCUGGCAGCAACAUGCAAAGAAAGAGACAUAGUCAAUCAUGUUAUGUCAACGUAGUCUACGGUGUAAAUCCUCUUCGCUACUGGAUUUUCUGAAUGUAUCGAAGGUACUCUUUUCGGGGACAGAUGUCUGUCUGUUAGACUCUUGUAAUUUAUCAAUCUUGUGUCUCUGAUGUUUAGAUUCUGUGCAUAUAUGUAUGAUGGUGAUUUGAAAAUUUCAUGGGCUAGUUUCAGUUGUCUUGCUUUA